AAACACCAUGAAGCCCACAGGCGACAUAGACUCGCUCCGCACCGAGCACGAAUCCGACGAGCAGUGGACAGUGCGGCGGAACUUCAUGAUCGAGCACAAAGACGAUUUUGGAGAGGACGAGCUGAUCACGUUGGCGCAACUCUUUACCAAUAUCGAGUUCCUUGGAUGCAGAUACCCACCAGAGACGAUGAAGAGGAUAGCCAUGCUGUCUGAGAAGGUUGCCUCGAACUACCGGGACAGCCGUAAGAACAAGCUGAAGCGGACAUUUGUGCAAGCCAGCAGCGCUGCCGAGCAGAAGGCUAAGAGGACCUUCAAAUAAAUGGGA